AUGCGGAAUGCAUGGAGUACUGCUAUCGGUAACAUCAGUGUUGGAAGUGUAAACACAGUAAAUAGCUUGUUCAAAUCAUGGAGGAAAAUCGCACCGACAUAUACCAUGGACUUAUAUUCGUUGGAAAAGUUUAAAAAAUAUAAAAAGGAUUGGAGUUAUCCAGUAAACAUCCGUUACCAAGAGCCCGUGAUACAAGAGAAGGAGAAACCAUGUUCCACCUUCCAAUCCGCUAUGAAGGCAACCCUGACCAUAGGACAGUUUUUCGGUUUGAAUCCUGUACAAGGCAUACGUGGAAAUGAUCCUGCUAAGUUAAGAUUUAGGCUUCUAUCAUGGCGCUGCGCCUUCACAGCGAUAUCUCUGAUGGGCCAGUUUACAAUGGCCUUCGUACUAUUCCUCAGCUUGUUCAAAGAGGCAGCUUCUACUGUGGACACUGCAACCACACUAUUAUUCUACGGAUUCGGUUUUACAACGACAAUAUUAUUUUUCCGGAUUGCAAUAAAAUGGCCGCAGUUGUCAAUGAUUAUAGCUAAGGGAGAAGCUGCUGACCCUAACACAGACGCCAAACUAAGUAGAAAGUUUAACAUCGCUUGUGCAGUAAUAUUGUCAUUGGCUUUUGUGGAACACGGGUUUUCAGAAUUGCAUGGAAUGUCUAUAGCACUAGAUUGUCACCCGGAAAAGCCUUUGUAUGAAACGUUCAUGAGGGGUAGUUUCGCCUGGCUGUUUUUAUACAUCCCAUACAAUGAUUUUGUAGGAUUUCUUGCUCAUUUUUUCAACAUACAAAGUACUUUCAACUGGAACUUUACGGAUGUGUUCGUCAUUUGUAUGAGUACGUACUUGACAGCUAGGCUCGAGCAAGUCAAUCAGAGGAUUAUAGCCGCUAAAGACAAGAACUUACCGUCUUCAUUUUGGCGUACGAUGCGCGAGGACUACAACAGAACAGUACACUUGGUGCGACAAGUUGACAAGAUGAUUGGGGGGGUAGUGUUCAUAUCAUUCGCUAGCAACCUGUUCUUCGUCUGCUCACAGCUCCUGCAUACACUUGCCGGCGGUAUAAAAGCAUCACCAAAAUGCAGACCGGACUUGCCUGAUGAUCGGCGAUUCUUCGGCGGCUACGAGCAUUCAAUAUACUUCGUCUAUUCGUUCCUGUUUCUCGUCGUGAGAUCGCUGGCAGUGUCUUUGACUGCUUCUAAAGUGCAUGCUGCCAGCAUAGAGCCGGCGCAUGCGCUGUAUGAUGUGUCUUCUGCUAAUUACUGUGUGGAGGUGGAAAGGUUUCUGGACCAGAUACACGGAGACACGGUGGCUUUGAGUGGUCUUCAGUUCUUCCACGUGAAACGGGGAUUAAUAUUAACGAUUGCCGGCACAAUAGUCACCUACGAGCUGGUAUUGAUGCAGUUUACAGGAGUUACUCCUUCGUCGCCGGAUCCCGGUUAA